AUGGGCAGCUAUACCUUUACCUGGGAGCACAGCGCUAACGAAGUCUUCGUCACCGGCACCUUCGAUGAUUGGAAGCAAAGCGUCAAGCUGGAGAAGGAAGGCGGCAUCUUCAAGAAGACCGUCGAGCUGCCGAAGCAGAAGGUCGAAUACAAGUUCGUCGUUGACGGCAACUGGGUGACCAACGACACGGCGCCCGGCGAAUAUGACGGACCAAACUACAACAAUAUCCUCCUCCCCGACGACAUCAAAGAGACACCUGUCCACACCCUUUCUUCCGCCGCCCCCGCAUCAUCCACCGCUGCGCUGGCUGGAGCCGUGCCCAAGGAGAAGGAGGCUUCGCCUGUGCCUGGCGCGUUCCCCGAGACGCCAGCAACAGAGCCCAACGCCUUCUCCGUGAACCCCAUACCCGCCACUGAAGGCCUCGGAAACCCCGUUCACCUGGCACCUGGCGAGAAGGUGCCCGACCCUAGCACCCUCACGAACAACACCAUACAGUCAACUGUCAAGGAUGACGAGCCUGAGGAGAGGGCAUUUGGCGUCAACCCGAUACCCGCAACUGCCGGCGCUGGCAACCCUAUUCACCUUGCGCCUGGCGAGAAGGUCCCAGACCCAAGCACGCUGACUUCCAACACCAUAUCAAGCACCGCUAAGACUGACGAAAAGUCCUACGAAGCGUCGGACGCCGCCCCGCCGCAGCUGGGUCCUGUUGUCACCCCUGAGGCUGAGCGCGAAACCAAAGGAGGUAUGUUUGGGAUCCCGCCAAUUGGCGGCAUAAUGAUUCCGGAGUCUAGCUUGCCAAUGGGAGCAGGCACAGCUGCUGAGACAGAUCCAGGCGUCACGAUCCAAUCGGCCGCUCCUCUUAGCUCCACUGCCGCGCUUGCAGGUGCCGUGCCCAAGGAGCCAAAGGGCGUUCCGGAGGUCGUUUCCGAGAGCCAACAAGAGGCAAACUUCAGCCCUGAAGCUUCCGCGAACUCCGAAGCAGUGCUCGAGAAGAAGGAGGUCGAAGAAGAGUUGAAGGCAAAGGUGCCUGAGGAGCCUCCCGCGGCCGAUAGCUCUUCUGGUGCUGGGAAGGCUGCUGCUAUUGCUGGUGGUGCUGCGGCUGGCGGAGCUGCUGCUUUCGCUGGAGCUACUUACUCGGCCAAGGACACCGCUGCUCGUAUUUUUGGUCUCAACGGCUCGCCUGCCGCUACUGCCACCACCUCGGAAGUGCCUGAAGUUGUCACCGAGAGUCAGAUAAAAGCAGACGUCGGACCGGAGGCCACUGCAAACCCAGUAGCCGUCGAAGAGAAGCAGGAAGUAGAGCAGGAGCUGCUGAAAGAGAUCAAGACUACCAACGAAGCCGGUGAACCCGCUCCUACCGCGGCUGCCGAAGCCACUGAGGCUGCCCCCGAAGUGCCUGAAGUUGUGGCCGAGAGCCAGAAAGAAGCGGAGGUUGGACCGGAGGCCGCUGCUAACCCGGUAGCCGUCGAAGAGAAGAAGGAGGUGGAGCAGGAGCUGCUGAAAGAGGUCAAGACCACUGACGAAGCCGGCGAACCCGCUCCUACGGUGACUGCCGAAACCAGUGCGACCGCCCCUGUUACAGCUGCGGCUGUAGAAACACCCAAAGCAGUCGAUUCUCGCGACAUCUCGCCCAUGUCGAAGCAGCCCACGACCGCGGAAACUGCUCCAGUUGUCACCACUGGCGUCGAGUCCAGCAAGGUUCCGGCCAAGAGCACCCCAGAGACGCCGAAGAAGAAUGGAGAGGCCUCCGCCGUCGGCACCCCCGAGAGCGUCGCCAGCACUGACAAGAAGCAGAAGAAGAAGAACCGACUCUCGUUCUUCGGCAAGCUGAAGGAGAAGUUCCACCACGAUAAAUAA